AAGAACAGGAGCGUCAUGACGCGCCUGCCUUACCACCUCCCAUCACCUCUGGUCUUCGCUCUUGUCUUUUCUUUUUGGGGAUUUUGCUUCUCCAACCAGCAAUCAGAAACGAGGGUGCGGUUGUUCUCCCUGCAGUCUGAUAUUUGGCAGCCACCCCGAGAUGACGUGUACGUCAGGUUCAACAUGACAAGCAGCAGAGUGGAAGUAUCCAGCCUCACAGAAGUGACGGUUUGCACAAGAAUAUUUCUGACUGCCAUUACCAAGCUUCAAGUGUUUCUCUCCUAUGCCACAGCUGACAGAUUUGCCAACGCCAUCAUGUUCUAUGCAAUAGAUGACAAGCAUUUCUUCCGCUACAACAACAAGCCCCAAACAGCAAUUGAAAAGCUAUAUAUCCCGACUGUACUGCGGCGGUGGCGGCACUACUGUCACGUCCUGUCCGGUGACGUCUACACGGUGUACGUCGACGGCGUCCCCUUGGCUAGUGCCCCGAUUGAGGGCGAAGACCGGGUGCUGCCCCUCAAUGGGACCUUCAUCGUUGGGCAGGAGCAGGAUUCACUCUCGGGGAGAUUCAACAGGUUUCAGAUACAGAAAGGAUAUGUCACACAAGUGAAUUUAUGGAGCCGAGGCCUUAUCCAAGCUGAAAUUGCAGCGAUGGCAAACUGUAGUGUAAAUCUUAUGGGUGAUGUUCUUUCCACUGACACUGAUGACUUUGAACUCAUAAAUGUAGAUGAAGAGGUCAUUUCUCUUAAAGAAAUAUGCUUAAAGAAGGAACAUUUCAACAUAUUUCCAGAAGCCAGAACAUUUGAUGAAUCCCGGAGAAUGUGCCAUUUAGUAGGAUCCGAAAUGUACGGUCCUAUGACACAAAAGAAAAACUUGGAAGUCAACAACACUUUGUGGGAUGAGGAGAUGUGUGAGAAAGAGUUAUUGUGGAUUGGCGUGACAGACUUGCAAGAGGAAGGAGUAUGGCGUCGCCUGCGGGACAACAAAGUCGUCACAGACAUAUUCUGGGGUCCUGGGCAACCAGACGAAACUCGGAUUGAGAAUUGUCUAAUUAUGGGAUGGACAUCAUCCUGGAAUGACUACCCAUGUAAGAAACAAGUAGCAUGCGUAGUAUGUGAGGAAGUAAUUGAUGUUCCAUUAUAUCUCAGAGGAGCAUGUCGAGAAUUGUUCACAGAGACCAUGUUUGAAGUUUUAGGUUACUUUUCUAGAAAACCUUUCUUCCAUGGUUUUUAUGGCUACAUGAUACUGAAGUCCGAAGAGAAACAAUGGAGUCUUAUUGAUACUGUUUUUAAUAUCACAAUUGCCACACUUGCUUUGGCAUCUGAUGCUCAUUACCCACUCGGCCGGCAUUUCUGGUUGCUUCUGACACCCGUGUGUGACAAAGGAAAAGGAAGCAAGUUAGAGCUAAGCCUGUCAACAUGCACAAGCGAACAGUACAUGUGUAACGACGGCCAGUGCAUCGAUAUUGUUGACCGGUGCGACGCUAAAGACGACUGUAAGGAUGGCACAGACGAAGACAACUGUUCUGUCCUUCAGCUUCCUCAUGGUUACCGGAAGUUUAAGCCACCCAAAAAUGUUGAUGACCCAAAUGAACCACUACAGCCAUUCUUAAGCUUCGUUUUCCUUCGGUUUUUAAAAAUUGAAGAUGUCCAACAAACCAUUACUCUUGAAUUCAUCAUCAGCCUGGAAUGGAUAGACACCAGACUUAAAUUCCUUAACCUGCGAGAAGACAUGCAUGCCAACAAACUGUCAGGCAGUGAAGUAGACACCAUUUGGCAUCCAAAAUUGGAAUUUCCAAAUGUAAAAGAUGGUGUGAUCAAGUCAAUAAAACAAAACUUUUUCGUUGACAAGAAGAACUCUUCACUUCCAAGUGAUUUCAACAAUGUCAAUAUGGAAACUGUAUACGAAGGCGCAGCAGCAAGAGUGAUUAAGCAGCAACAUUACAGCGGAAGCUUUGUGUGUGCCUUCGAUGUGUUCUACUAUCCUUUUGACGUGCAACAGUGUAGCGUCCUAGUGCAACUGUCGUCCAUAAGCAAGAAACUCGUCUCUUUAACAAAAAGUCGAGCAAAAACCGAGUUCAACCAGAACUCCGAGCUCUCUACGUACAUCAUCAGUGACUUCUUUGUCAAGGAAGUGAACACACUCUCUCGGGAGAGUAUUGUGGAGGUUGGCUAUACCCUCACCCGACACUCGACGCUUAUUUUGAUUACCAUCUACCUUCCAUCUGUACUUCUGGUUGCCAUCAGUUACUCCACUCUGUACGUCAGUGUACAGCUGCUCCAGGUUCGCCUCACCGUCAGCCUGACAACGUUAUUGGUUCUAUACACCUUCUUCAACCAGGCAUCAGCUUCUUUGCCCAAAACGGCUUACAUCAAGAUGAUCGACGUCUGGUUCCUUUCUUGUACAAUUCUUCUCUUCCUCGUCAUCAUGAUUCAUGUUUCUGUCGAGUGCUUAGAGAAGGAAUCGGUCACAUCCGUCCACCCGAUGUCAAAAAAGAGGCAGCCGUGUAUUACAGCAGAGGGUCUCCUGCGUCUGGUCAGGCUCGUGGUGACACCGAUAGUAAUAGUGAUCUUUGGCAGUGUUUACUGGGUUAUCAUGGUAGCAUAACUCCCGAUACAUCAAUAAGAACGUAUUCAUAAUAGUUCAUAAGUAAUAUUAAGGCAUUUCAAAGUAUCAAGUUCUAAUUCUAUUACUGCACACCUUUAUAACCCAUCGAUCACCUGGCCACUGGAAGUUACAACGAUGAUUUACCCAUGAACACCUUUUGGUAUCCAUCGCAUGAAAAAAAAAGCUAUUUCAGUCUCGAAAAUGCCUCCUAAAUGAUAAGCUUUUCGUCUUACCAACUCACCUCUUCUGACUGACUGUCUUCAGCCUCUUUCUCACCGCCGGAAUGUUCCAUCUCUUGCUAUCUUCUACAGCUAUUUUCAUGCUAACUGCUCUUCUGAUCUUGAUAACUUCAUGCCUCCCGUCCUCCUGCGGCUUCGCUGCGCAAGGCUUUCUUCUUCCUCUCACCCCUAUUUUGUCCAACUUUCUAAUGCAAGGGUUAACCAGUUUCUCAAUCAUUCGUACCUUUCACUGGUAAACUCUGGAAACCCAUACCUCAUUCUGUAUCUCCAAUUUCUCAUGACGACUUUAUUUAAGAAGGUAGAAGUUUCAAGACAUUUAUCCCUUUUUUUGGCCAACUCUCUCGGACCUUCAAGGGGACUGACAACUUGGAGGACCUUUUUUUGUUUCGUCUGCCAGCUUUU